GGGAUGUCUGAGCCACCAGCUCUGCCUUCUCCUUUCUGUGCCCUGGGGAAGCCGAGACUUAGGGUUAAUAGAGACGUAGCAGAGAGGUAAACACACCGGCUGAUAAAAUGGAAAAAUAUACAUCUAAGAAAAGGAUACGCAUAUGUAAAAGAUGCCCUCUGACAUGGUGAGAGUAUAUAUACUGCCCUUCGAGGACUUUUGAUGGCUUUUGAGUCUAUGGACGUUCCUCCAACUCUUUCCCUGAUGCCAUGGCUGUGCUUUUGGCCAUCCCAAGGCACAAGGCGAACUCACUAGGCUGUAUCCAUGAACGCUUCAGCUACUCCUCAACAGCACACCUUCCAGAGGCUCUUGUUUUCUUUGUGACCAAUGAAAGCACAUUUUUGCCUCAUCUUGGAACUGGACACAAAUGAAUUGGACCAAAGAUGCAGCCAAUAUAGCAGGUGUACAAGCCCCCCAUGCUAGGGAAUAUUGAGCGUAACUGACGUGAGGUAUUUUCUUUGGGAAUCUAACAUUUUUUAGGUUGGGUACUGGGUAACAUUCCCCUGCUAGAAUUAAUCAUCACAAGGGUUUGCGAGGAUGGUGUUAUAUCCUUGCUUUACAAGUCAGGAAACUGAUACUUCCCUCAGAGAGUUAAGCAACGAUGUUGAUUUGGCUGUAAGUGCCAAGAACCAGCCUUUGGAUUCUCUUCUCUUUGGUCGCCAUAGUCACGACAGACUCACACUAAAUAAACAGAUGUUGCUUUGGGGGAAGUUUAAUUCAUCUAGUGUGGUGCAAUUGUACAAAAGUUCCCCCUUUUGGGGACCGAUGAAGGGCAGCAGAAGAGUAAGGAACUUCUCACACUCCCUACUUUACUAGCACGCAAUAUUGUUGUACAAGUUAUAUUCGAGUCUGUAUUAAGUCUUACCAAGUAUUACGUAUACAUGUGAUGAACAUGAAGCACUGAGAAUCAAAUGAGCCAUGUCUCCUGAGAUGAGCUCACUGUCUGCUGAGUGGUGAUGGGGUAACAGUCAACACAGUGAAAUAAGUGAAUCCCAAGGUGGACAUCAGAAAAUGCAUCACUCUGAGGAUGAGGCAUCUGGUUUGUGUUACUUCCACUGCAUCACAGUGAGGAGACCAUCCCCCUAUCCAGUUCCCUGCACAUACACAAAUCACAACACCCUUUGUGUUUUCCAGGUUGUGUGUGUGCAUCAGUGAUGCAGACAAAGUGGAAAAGAACGUCUACCACUCAGAGAACUUCUACCUGUCACCGUGGAAGAUGUCCGCCCGGUCAAAGCAAAAACAAAAACAGAUCUCUACCCCUUCUCAGGACCGAUGCAAAGCUGACUUUUUCAGUGGAUAUGAUGACGUAUCUCACCCCCGCUCUUCGGCUGCGCAGAUACAGGAUGACCAGUUUUCUACUUUCUCAGAAAGUGGAGGAUAUUGUGAAGUGUUGAUAUCAAAGCCACCACCGCACAUCACUGCUCUUGGAACUGAGUCCUGUGAGGAAGAGAUUUCCUGUUCUCCAUUCAGAAGCGAAUCUGAAGACCAGGAAUCUUCACAGAGUCAAGAAUCAGAAGAUACUUGCUGGGAAGAGAAGACAGUAGUGCCCCACCUGGUUGCUAAACUCUGUUCUGGGACUGAACCGGUUUGUAAAAGUAAUCAGUUUCUGGGACCUGAAGGAAAUGUGGAUAUUGAGUUGAUUGAUAAGAGUGCAAACAGAUACAGUGUCCACUUCCCCGUGGCCGGCUUCUAUCUGUGGCCAGCAACAGGCCUUGGCUUCCUGGUAACAGCAGCAGUGACCGUGACGGUUACGUUCGAUUCUUGGGGUCGGCACCUGGACCUGAAGUUACAGCAUCACGAGAAGUGGAUGGUGGCCGGCCCUUUAUUGGACAUCUCUGUGGAGCCUGAGGGGGUCAUCACUGAAAUCCACCUCCCCCACGUCAUCUCUCUCCCAGCAAAUGAGGUCGAUAUAUCUUGGUUCCAAGUUGCCCAUUUUAAGGAUGAAGGGAUGGUCCUGGAGCCGCCAGCCCGAGUGGAGCCUUUCUAUGCCAUCCUGGAAAACCCUAGCUUCUCUCUGUUGGGGAUCCUGCUGAGACUUGCCAGAGGGACCUGCCUUUCGGUCCCCAUCACGUCCACGGCACUAAUCUAUUAUCACUUCCACUCUGAAGAUGUGAAAUUUCACUUGUAUCUUAUCCCCAGCGACUCCUUGCUAACGAAGGCAAUAGAUGAGGAGGAAGCUAAAUUUCAAGGUGUACGUCUGCAGACCUCACCCCCAGUGGACCCACUGAAUUUUGGUUCCCGUUAUAUUGUGUCUUGUUCGCCUCCCCUGGAAAUAAUACCCAAGGAGUUGAAAUUAUCCUACAGGAACCCUGGAGAAAUCCAGGUCUUCUCUAAAGUCUAUGCUGGGAGGAUGAAGGAACCAAUCAUGCUUGAAAUUACUGAAAAAAGAUACAAGACUUUGAUCUGGUACACUUUGGUGAAGCCAGAGGAGCUCCAGUUUGGUGCUACAUCGGCCCCUCCUCCCCUCCCAGCUGUGGCCUUUAUGAAGGAGCACCGUCGUCAUCUUCAAGCCAGGAUGGGGAACCUGAAUGGAGUCCUGGAUGAUCUUCAGGACCGUGGGGUCUUCACCGAGGAAGAGAAGGAGAUGGUGCAGCAGAUGCCAACACAGCAGAGAAGGAACGAGACCCUACUGAGGAUGGUGGAGAAUAAAGGGCACCAGGCCCAGAAGGUGCUCUUCAAAAGCAUUAGUAGAAGAGACCCUUAUCUGAUGUCCUACCUCAACCAGCAGAGUUUACAACAGUGAUUCAGACAGAUACUCAGGGAGAGAGAAUCCAGUGUUCUCCGCUGAAAAUGGAUAAACGGACGUGUGAUCAUUGAGUUCAGGGUCCAAGGCACGAGGUCCAGGUAACACCAACACAUCACACAGGAUUUCCUGAGGACUGAUGUGUAAUUUCAUGGAGACCUAUUAGUGUAUCCUAAUAUCUUAACGUCAAGAAUAUCUGAAGAGAGGACUACUGCCUCGAAGUGCUUUUUAAAAACAAAUUCUGGGGUGCCUGGGUGGCUCAGUCAGUUGAGCGUCUGACUUUGGCUCAGGUCAUGAUCUCACGGUUCGUGAGUUCGAGCCCCGCAUCGGGCUCUGUGCUGACGGCUCGGAGCCUGGAGCCUGCUUCGGAUUCUGUGCCUCCCUCUCUCUACCCCUUCCCUGCUCAUGCUCUGUCUCUCUCUGUCUCUCAAAAAGGUGAAUAAACAUUGAAAAAUAUUUUUUAAAAAA